AUGAUAGAUUAGAAUAUACAAAAAUUGGAUAUGGAUAACUUUUACUUAAAAAUAAUGAAAGCAGGAAUUGUUUAGUUUAAGCUUGAAAAAUCAGAGAGAGCUUAAAUCUGGUAAGAUUUAGCUAAGAAGGGGAAAAUAAGUAAGCAAUAGGCGCAAGGAGAAGCUGAACUUGCUAAAGAAUUAGUAGAGUUCUACUUAAAACAUCCUGAAAGAGAUGGUUAGGCAAAGUAACUAAGUGAGUAUUUUAAUAAAAAUGUGCAGGUGAAAGUUGAAGGAAUUUUUAAAUAUUAUAUCGAAAACGCUAUAAAGCCAUAAUAAUAGUAAGAGGCAAAAAUGAAGAGCGAUUAUAGUAAUGCCGCCUUCUAUCAGCAAUAACAACAACAACAACAAUAUGAUGCAUAACAACUAAAAUACUUGCAGUAAAUGAAUUACGGUAAUACUUCGAGCUUAAUGGGAAUGUCUAUGGCUUCAAUGCCUACAAAUUAAACUCCAUUCUUACAAUAUAAUCCUAGUGUGAUGAAUCCUCUUUUUAACAGCUUAUCUUUUUAGUAAAGCACUCCAACUGAAAGCCUUGGCUUACCAUACGGAUAUUUUCAACUUCCUAAUUAAUUUAUGCAUCCUUAAAGUAAUUAAGGAGUGCCUUAGCUACAGCAAACUUAUAUGUAUAACAAGCCUCAUGAUAUUUCUGGUAUUAAUACUGCUGCUUAUACGACUACUCCUUAAAGCUACAUAAAUUCACUAAAUUUAGGAUAAUAAGUUGGGUUCGUAAACUCUCUUCCAUAGAGCCUUUAUGGUUCUCAAUUUAUUAACUAAUAAUAGGCUGCAGAAGCUGCAGCGACUUAGACUUAAAUUGAUUCUUCAAGAAACUUUAAUAACUAUUUCAAUAAUAUUAAUGGUUUUGCUAAGGGAGCUGAAAAUACUUAAUAUCAAGUUGACUAGCUUAUGCAAAUUUAAGCUGCUAAUCAGCCUUAAUAACAAAAGAUUGUUUAGACUUAAAAAUAAAUCCAAGCGCCUUAUUCCCUUCAAAAUUAAUAAUAAUAAUAAUUUUAAAUUUCGUAAUAAUAUUAGUAAUAAGCAUAGUUACCUCAAUAACAAUAAUUAUAAGCAUAAAGCCAACAGAGGUAAACAGCUCAACCUGCAGCUUCAAAAUAAAAGUAGUAGACAUCUAGCAGUAGCACUCUUCCCAACAUAUCUUAACCUAAUCAACCUUUCGGUUUAGCAAUAAGCGGAAGUAGCAAUAAACAAGUUUAGUCAGCUGCGAAUAAUUCGUCAUCAAAUAAGAGCUCAAAGCUUGGAGUAUCUGAAAUAACACCCUAAAAUUAGAAGCAAUCAUCUAGUUCAUCUAGCUCAAAGUCAAAAUCUAAGUCCAGCAAUAAUAGCAGCGCAAUUAACUUGCUGUAAUAAACUUAAAUACCAAUGAACAACACUUAUAAUGUGUAUCCACAAAACAGGAAUGGAGCAAUCCCAAAUUAAGUAAAAAUAAUAGAAACAGAAGCAAUCAAAAGCUGUAUUUGCGCUUAAGUACCACGUUUGCGCAAUUCCUAAUCAGAAUUAAUUUAGUGUAAGAAUAAAGGAUGUGAACACAAACUGCAUCUAAGCUGUAUGAGGAUUUCACCUAAAGAUGAAGAAAGCAUUACCCAAUUUGAAUGCCCUUCCUGCAUAUUAAAAAAGUAUGAUCCUCUCCAUCAUGUCGAACAAACUUUGAUAGAUUGCUAAGUAAUGAUGGGUAUUCCCAAUAAGUAGCUUGAUUUUUAGUUAACUACAGAGAUGUUUACAAAAAUAAAAGAUCACAGCGAGUAUUCCGUAGAAAUUCGUUGCAUCCGAAUAGAUGGAACCAAAAAUAUAUACGAAACAACUUGGCCAGAUUUUGGUAAUUUGAGAAUGAAUAAUGAAGUCAUAUUAGAACUCAAACCCCUCCAAAAUAAUAGCUCACUUAAAAAGCGUAAAGACGAAAAGCAUACUUUUAAAGGAGUUAAGAAUCUAAAAGAAGGAAUAAAUCACCUUCAAAUAUCAGAAUUCAAUUGCAAUAUAAUUGAAAAGUAGUAAUUGCGUAUAACAGAAAACUCCCUUCAUUGCAUUUCCGUCUUUAUUAUACGUAGACUCACUGUAGAUUAGCUAGUUUCUAAUAUAAGAAGAGAAUCUACCCGUCCUGCUGAUGAGUGUAAGCAAUAAAUCUAAGACUACUUCCAUCGCCAAAACAAGAAAUCUUCCCACGAAGAAGAUGAUGAUGAUCUCUGCAUUGACAGUCUGAGUGUCCCUCUAACUUGUAGCUUAGAUAUGAAACUCAUAUAAACACCUGCAAAAGGUCGUUUUUGCAAGCAUUUCUAAUGCUUUUCUCUUGAAAACUUCAUCAUCACCACAGAAACAGUGAAUCCUCGUAAAUGGAAGUGCAAUAUCUGCAAGGCUAAAUGCUACGACAUCAUUAUUGAUGAAUAUAUUCUUAAAAUUAUCUAAGAAAUAAAUGAAAAGUAAAUUAAGAAUGUGACUGAUGUCAAAUUCGAUGGUAAAGGUUAGUACUCCUUUGAUCAAUAGUCAUAUUCAGAUGAUGACGAUGACUACGAUGAUGAUUCCAAGCCAAUAGUUAAGAAGCCUUCAUAAAAUUAAGCAAGUGCUCCAGCUCCUGCAGCCGCAUAGCCUAUUACUGUAUCUCCCACUAAUUCAAACUAAGCUGUGCCUAUCCAAUCUGUAUAAGCUUAAUUGAUCAAUAAAGCUCCUAUUAAUGGUAACAACAAUCCAAAAGGAGUCAAUAUAGAAUCCCAUUCCAACAGCAAUGCUCUUGAAUCUUAGUAAUUAUAAAUUUAAGAUCAAGUAAGCGGUGGAAAUAAAAAGAAGUCAUAACCGCAUUAAAUUUUAGUUAUUGAUAGUGAUGAAGAGGAGCCUCCAAUAUAAAAGAAGGCCUAAACUGUUGCUCCCGCUCCUGCGCAACUUCUUCAAUAAGUUCCUCUCUAAAUACAGGCACUUCAAUAAAAUGGUUAACCUCACCACCACCACCAUUUAAAUAUUCCUUAAAAUAAUUUUCCUGCAAACGUCCAGAAUGGAUCUGGCAUAAGUAUCCAUUAAAAUACUAAUCUCAUGAACCUGAAUCAGGCUGCUAGCUUAAAUGGAGUUUAUUACAAAAAUUUACAGAACGCCAACUCUCACUAGACAUCCAAUACAGCUGGGUUAAAUACUGUAAAUUCAUAAAAUAUUAAUUAAACGAUUACCCUAAUUAAUAAAGAUAAAGAUUAAUCUUCAAAUUAAUCUUCUAAAAAUAUUAUUACUAAAAGCAAGAAAACCGUAAUGUGUGAAGAAGAGAACAAAGAGACUUCUAAAAUAUAAAACUAAACAAAUAAAAAUAACAACAAUUAAUAAAAAACACCUUCAAACAACAAAGAGUAGAAAUUGAAUUCUGAAGAAGUCUAGAGAGAAGUUCAAACAAGUAGAAAUAACGCUGGUAACGCACCAUCAAGCACAGCCAGUCUUUCUUCCAUGAAUGAUACUACAUCUUCAAAAGUGUUUAAAAAGCAAACGGAUAAGCAGCAGACAAUAGAUAAAUUAUAAAAAUAAAACUAUUAAUAUAUUGUUUAAAACGCAUAAUAAUAGAUCAAUUAAAUUUAAGUAUAACCCAAAUAAUAAAUUAACCCUAAAAGAAUAGCAUCAAAUCAAGACUAGCCAAUACUAAUAGAAAGUCCGAAAUCCGAUGAUCUACAUAAAGAAGACACUCUUUAAUAAAUAUCUGUUUAGAAGUUGUUAUAGUAGUAAUAGCAGUAACAGCAACAAUAAAUAAUAAAUUAAAAUGCAAUGAAGUUAAUUAAUAUGCUAUAAAUUCCUGAAAUUGGAAUUAGUAGUUAAGAUAUUUAAAAAUAGAUUCAACUCACAAAUAGUUAGAAGCCCUUGAUGCUAGAUCACAUUUAAAAAUUGGAAGAAAUAUCUAUGAGUGGAGACUAAAGCAAGAGCUAUCAAAAUGUUGUAUUGUCAGAUAAAGAAAUACAAAACAUUGAAAGGAAGAGAAUAUAAAAAGAAUAGUCUUUAGAAUAACGUCAAGAUUUUAGCAUUUAAUAUUUUGAAGAUUAUAUGAGUGCUUAGGGACAAAAUAUAAGAUUUGGUAGUUCUUAAGAUCUUUCAUCCAAGCAAAAAUAAAACUUAAACAAUAGCACUAGCGGAAGUAACCAAGGUAGUUCUAAAAAGAGUCAACAAAAUCCUCAGGUUAAUAACAUCAUCGUUAAAACAUUAAAAAAUUUUGGGUAGUCAGAAACAGUGCAAAUUCAAUUUGAGUAACCUUCUGAAAAUAGCUUAAAAAGAAAAAUCAUAGAAUAAAAUAAUUCUAAUAGCAGUGAAGGUCUCAGUAAAAAGAGAAUAUAUGAAAAAAUUACCAACAUAGGAAAAGAAGAUAAUCCUAUAACUAUUGAUGAUUGA